AUGGAGUUCCCAUUUUUUCAUGGAAAGAUAACAAGAAGAGGCUGUGAAGAACUGCUGGGCAAGAAUGGAAAGAAUGGUAGCUAUUUAAUAAGAGAGAGCGAAAGCGUGGAAGGAGCCUUGUGUCUCUGUGUUUUCUUUGAAAAACUCAUCUACACGUACCGUAUCUUCAGGGAAGACCAAGGAUAUUUUAGAAUACAGACUUCUGAAGGUGUUCCAGAGAGGACCUUCAGAACAUUAAAGGACCUAAUAUAUACUUAUGAAAAGCCAAAUCAAGGACUAAUAAUAAACCUUCGCUAUCCAGUAGGAAAACCAAAGGCUUCACAAAGCCAGAGGUUCAAGUCAGGAAAGGACAACAUUUAUGAUGAAAUUGACGAAAGCGACUACAUCGCUGUUAUACCCUGA